CCAAAGCCUGCACAUUUCGUGCUCAGUGUUUCCGAAGGCUUUGUAUAGGGGAGGAAGCCGCUCCGUGACCACCAAUGAUGACAGCGUGACGGAAGGGGCGUGUCCUAGCGCCAGGGAAACAGCAGCAAGAUGGCGGCGUGUGUGAGACAGGAUCUAACCCAACUUAUGAAUUCGAGCGGAUCCCACAAGGAUCUAGCGGGGAAGUGAGUGACAUGAAAGCAGUGUCUAUAGAGGCUGGGGGGAAGGAGGGGGAAAUAUAUUUGUUAUAAGAAAAUAUAUAUAUAUAUAUGUGCAUAUAUGGCUGAAAUGUGGUAUAACAAAAUCGAUAACCAUUGGGAUAUGUCCUUCCCUGUCUGUGUGUAUUGUAUAGAGUAAUUGUGUGUGUAUUGUGUAUUGUAUAGAGUAACUGUGUGUGUAUUGUAUAGAGUAAUUGUGUGUUUGUGUAUAGUGUAAUUGUGUGUCUGUGUGUGUGUUGUAUAGUGUAAUUGUGUGUGUAUUGUAUAGAGUAAUUGUGUGUGUGUGUGUGUAUUAUAUGGUGUAAUUGUGUGUGUGUGUGUGUAUAUAUAUAUAUAUAUAUAUAUAUAUAUUAGUCAUAGCAAACAUAAUUCAUAUACAGAAUAGCAAUUCUCAAAUUGCAGAAUUGUGAGGAAAAGGGACAUUUAAUUGUUACCAGCAGUAACCGCAUCAGCUAGAGAGUUAACAUACAAUGUCCCUACAGCACAUUUGCCGUGCUUGCUAUGCUUGGACAGCAGGAAGACCAUCUGGGGGAGGUCUCGUCUGCUCUCCCUGUCAAUUAUUAUUAUUAUUAUUUCCACUUAUAUAGCGCCAACAGAUUUCGUAGCACUUUACAAUAUUAUAUGAGGGGGGGAUUUAGCUAUAAAUUGGACACUUACAAGAAAUCUUACAGGAACGAUAGGUUGAAGAGGACCCUGCUCAAACAAGCUUACAGGUGGGGUGUAAAACACAAUUGGACAGGCAAUAGCAAUCAAAAUAGGUUGGAGAGAGUAGAUUGCUGCCCUUUAGGAAAGAGCAAGAGACAGGUCUGUAAGGUCAAGGUUACUCUGGAAGGCCAUAAGCUUUCCUAAAGAGAUGGGUUUUAAGGCUCUUCUUAAACGAUUGAAGACUUGGGGAGAGUCUGAUGGCAGUAGGUAGGCUAUUCCAUAGGACGGGAGCCACCCGCGAGAAGUUCGCAGGCAGAGCGGAGAGACCGAGAAGGGGCAUACCUAUGGAUCUGUGAAGAGAUAUGAGGGGCUAGAAUUGGUCAAUGCUUUGUAGGUAUGGGUUAGCACUUUGACUUGACUCCUAUAGAAUACAGGAAACCAAUUUAAGGACUGACAGAGGGGUGAGGUGUGAGAGGACCGACUAGAGAGGAAAAUCAGUCUGGCGGCAGCAUUCAUUACAGACUGUAUCGGUGCACCUUGCGUAAGAAAGGGGCGGAUGCGGGCUAUGUUUUUAAGAUGGAAUCUACAGGAUUUGGUAACAUGCUGGAUGUGAGGCUCAAAGCGGAGGCCAGAGUGAAAUAUGACACAAAGACAGCAUGCUUGCAAGGAUGGACUGAUGUCUCUCAAGGGAGAGAAGAAAGAGGAGGAUCAGUAUUAGGAGGAGGAAAGACAAGGAGUUCAGUUUUAAAGAAAUUUAGUUUUAGAAAGCGGGAGGACAUCCAGUCAGAGAUGGAGGAAAGGCAAACAGUGAGACAUUGCAGGACGGCAGGAGAGAGGUCCGGGAGGGGAGAUAUAACUGGGUGUCAUCAGCAUACAGGUUGUAGUGGAAUCCAAAUAAAGGGCAAUAAGAGAAAAUAGAAGGGGACCAAAGAGGGAGCCUUGGGGGACUCCAACCAAAACAGGACGAAGGAAUGAGGUAUCAUUAGAAAAGGAGACACUAAAUGAGCGUUGAGAGAGAUAAGAGGAAAACCACGAGAGGACAAAGUCUCAGAGACUGAGUGUUUGAAGAAGGAGAGCAUGAUCAACGGUGUCAAAGGCAGCAGAGAGAAAUUGUUUGGUGUUGAGUCUAUGCUGAUGAAUUGAUUGACAGGCGGGAAAAACGUAUUUUAAUUUUUUAUAUUCUAUAUAUGCACUUGCUAGCACAAUAUAUAGAUAUAUGUUCUUUAAAGGAACACUAUAGCGUUCUUUAAAAUAUGUAUUGCUAACGCUAUAGAGCCCUAGUCACCGUUUAGGGCCCCGUUCCGUGGUGCAUAAAUGGUUAAUUAACCAUUUAUUUGCUUCCUUAAUCCAUCGCCGGGCUCCCUCGGCACUGGUGACCUCUCCUCCUCAAUCGCCAUCAGCUUUUGGGUGGAGUCGAAUGCACAUGCGCGGCCAGAGGCGCGGGCAUUCAAACCUGCCCAUAGGAAAGCAUCACUCAAUGUCAGGGAGACGGCCACUAGAGGCUGGAUUAACCCUGAUUAACUCUGCAGUAUAAACAUAGCAGUUUCUCUAUGAUGGAGGAGGUUAUUUCCGGUCUUUAACCCUUUCACCACCACAACUACAUCACGCACACUCUUGAAGUAGGGUUUGUUUGUGUAGAAGGGAGCUUUUUUACCCUUGACUAUUGAGCAGCUCCAUGCAAAUCACCACCACCUCUGGCAGGCUCCUUCAUAGAGAUCAUGAUAUCAUGGCUAAAUGUUAGGCAUCUACUUCAGUUCAUGUUAUUGAAACAGAUUCUAGUGUUGAACUACAUAUUCCUUAAACUAUACUAGUGCUUACACAAUCUGCUCUGCACUCCGAUUAAACAUAUAUUAUAAAUGUGUCCAACCAUAUCUUCAGAAAAGUGCACUGGUCAUAAUGUUGGCUUUUUGCAUGCAGUAAACAACACACUAAAAAAUUCAGUGUGCUAGAGUUUUAGCGUUCCUGCUGUGAAAAUUUGAGAUAUUUUGCUAUGUGCAACUGCAAUUCUUCCAUAUGUGGCACAGAAACUAGAUCAUAAUAUUGUUAUGUAACAGAGUUAGAGCUUAAAUAUUAAAAAAGGACAUUUCUAAAACAUUCUCUAAUUUAAAAUUUAGCUUAAAAGCUAAAGCAACUGUGUUAAAUUGAUAGCAUAUAACGGUUGUAUAAUGGCCAUAUUAUGUGUGUGUGUGUGUUUGUAUAUAUAUGUGUGUAUAUAUAUGUGUGUGUGUGUAUGUAUGUAUAUAUAUAUAUAUAUAUAUAUAUAUAUAUAUAUAUAUAUAUAUAUAAUUAUUUUAAAUUUGAUUUCCUUAUGUUUUUUAUAUUAAAGGUAUCGUCAGAUACUAGAAAAGGCUCUUCAGCUUCCUGGACAAGAACAACUUGAAGCUCUAAAAGCAUUUGUUGAAGCAAGUAAGUUUAAAAAAAUUAAAAGGACUUAAACAACAAAAACAGCACGGUCCAGGGAAAUUUGUACCCAAUUUUGGAUGCCAUAAUCUAGCGGGGAAAUUCCAAAUGAGACCGUCAGUGUUAAACCAAUCAAAAACUGGUCACUGAGCGAUAGCGCCUGGGGACUCCAGGCAUCAUAACCACUUCGAUAGGUUGACGUGAUCAUGGUUCACUUGAGUAUCCCUUUUAAUUCUAUGGAGACUUAAUUAACAUAAAGUCUGUAAGAACUUCCCCAAAUUGAUGCAGCUGCAACCCAUAUUUUUAUGUAUGCGUUGCUCACCAUGAAUUGUGGUAUGCAGGGCAGGUGCAAACUAAGCAUUCCUGUGUAUUUGUGGCCACUGCUUAGCUGGAGGACUAAGCAUUCUUCAGGUAUCUUUAUAUUGCAGUACAGAGCAGAGUUUUGAUCUCUCCUGAUCAUUCCUGCACAAUGUAUUCAUCACAUUUAUACCUGGCCUAAAAUGACUUUUCAUACAGCUGAUGCAUGACAGAUAAGUAAUCAUAUUCCUUGUUGUAUUCGUAAGGGAUUUAUGACAGGUAAGUAAUUUAUCACAUUCUUUGUUAUACACAUUUGCCACUAUUGUCUUAAAAUUAAACAAUUCUUCCCUUGCCUUCCCCUUUCUACAAAUAAACGUGUAAUUAAGGAUUAUUUUAUUUUCAGUGGUAAAUGAAAAUGUCAGCUUGGUGAUCUCGCGUCAGUUGCUCACUGACUUCUGCACUCACCUACCCAAUCUGCCUGAUAAUAUAGCAAAGGAAAUAUAUCAUUUCACCCUGGAAAAGAUCCAGCCAAGAGUCAUUUCUUUUGAAGAGCAGGUGAGAGAUAAAAUCUUUAUGAAGCUACAAGCAUGCAAUCUUCUUCUCACCCACCAUGCUUCUCAGAAUGCUGUCAUGUGUAUAUGAGGGCAGUCUAAAGCAGAAAAAAAUGUAUUUAGUGGUGCUAUCUUAAAUAAAAAAAAAAAAAAUGAUCACAAAGCACAGGUACACUUACAAUCAUAGUGCACAUUGGCACUUCUUAAAAAUUGUUGCCAGAUAGAAUUCAGGACACAUUGGAAUUAUUUUCUCUGUUCAGCUAUGGAAAGACUGGUGUUUUUUAUAGCUGAAUAUCAAUAUGAAACCAUCAGAACAUUGGCGCAGUAUAUAAUAAUCAUUGUCUGAAAUUAUGCUCAAUAAAUCGUGGGAGGAAAAGUCAAUUAUUAAUACACAGCAACAUAUUAAAUGGACAUUCCAUGCACCUAAAGCACUUUCAGCCUGCGGAAGUGCUAUGUAGAAUAUAUGUCCUCUUUUUGUUUUUUCAUUUUGCAAAAAGCGCAGGUUUAAAUACAAAUUGGCACAUUUUUAAAUUAACCUUACACCUCCUCUUCCUGGUUGUUUAGCUCAGUAGAGCUAAACUCAAGAUAUAGGCAAUUGCCCAGAGCAUCUGCCUUGCAAAGAAUUCUAAUUGAGCUACAUUGGGAAGUCUGUAAUUGGAUAGCCACAUAAAAAGUUUGGGCUGGGUUAGAAGGGGAGUGUGACGUAACGGAGUACGAUGCCCACAUGCUUGCCUGCUUAUUGUUUUCAGGUCAGGGCUAUUUAACAAUGUAUUGCUGGUCUGUGCCUCUCCCCACCCCCUACCUUUUCUGAAUGUAUUUCUUGUCUUUGCCUCUUCCCCUCCCCCACUCUUUUCCUGUCCUAGCAGGGCAUUGCCCCAGGGACACUGCCAACCCAGUUUAAACUAGUUGCUUUGUCCCUCCGCCAGUACCCAUCAGGAUCAUGGGAAGGAUUGCCCUGGGGUGUUUGGUUGGAAACCCCUUGCAUGGGGCUUCUGCAUAAGUGGAUUUAUCUGUACCUGAGAGGGAACUGAACUCUCUCUCAGGCACAGAUGAUCAUGGGAGGGAUGACCCUGUAAUGUUGUGUUGCUUUGUCCCUCCUCCAUCUCCCAUCAGGAUCAUGGGAAGGAUUGCCCUGGGGUGUUGGGUUGGAAGCCCCUUGCAUGGGUCUUUUGCAUAAGUGGAUUUCUCUGUACCUGAGAGGGAAUUAAACUCUCUCUCAGGCACAGAGGAUCAUGGGAGGGAUGAACCCUGUAAUGUUGUGUUGGAAACCCCUUGCAUUGGGCUUUUGCAAGAAAGCGUUAGUUGUGUUGUACUCCCAGAGCUGUGUCUCGUCCAGUUACAGGGUAGAAAUGGAUGCCUGCUUGUUUGUUAGUUUUUUUUUGCUUAUUUCCAUAUAUACCGCAGUGAAAAAAUCCAUAAUUAAUUGCAUGCAUUCAUUGUUUUUAUGGGGGGGGGAGGUAUAUUGGCUAAAUUGUACAAAACUAAAUUCCAUUGGAGUGUUCUUUUAAAAUGCACGUAUAAAGUCACCACACACAGUUACCUGGCUGCUGUGUUUUGUACAGCAAUAGUUUACACUAUUAUGUAAAUAGCCUAAACUCAUAAAAGCUUGUGAGUAACUAGAAUGCAGCAUGUUAGAGAGCUGUUGCUAAUGAAAUGGCAUUUCACAGGUUGCAUCAAUUAGACAGCACUUGGCAUCCAUUUAUGAGAAGGAAGAAGACUGGAGAAACGCAGCCCAGGUACUCGUUGGGAUACCUCUGGAAACCGGACAGAAGUAAGAUCAUCUCUCUCUGUUUUUUGUAGAUUGGCUUGCUAAUAUCAACUCUUGUAUUUUUACUUUUUAUUUUCUUCAUUCCGAGCUAGAUAUGCUCUCCUGCAGCCCAACACUCAGAGACAGAGAUAAAAUUGUGUGCAUGUUUCUUGAAUAUUCAAUUUCUGUUUUCGAACAGGCAGUACAAUGUAGACUAUAAACUAGAGACCUACCUUAAAAUUGCUCGAUUGUAUCUGGAAGAUGAUGAUCCUGUGCAGGCUGAAGCUUACAUAAAUAGGGCUUCUUUGCUGCAGAAUGAGUCUACCAAUGAGCAGCUGCAGAUCCAUUACAAGGUAUGUUGAUGAUUAUAGUGUCACCAAUGGCAUACGUAUGAUUAUCGCAAAAAUAUAUCUUGUGUUAAUUAGUAGUUGCAAAUAUUGUAAAAACAACCAACAAGGAAGUAGUCAACCACAACUACUUGUUAUUGUUUUUCUCCUAGAUUUACCACAAACCAAUGUAUCGCUUUGUGCUGUACAAUUUAAAUAUUUGUCAAUUGACAAAAUCACAUCAAAUUACAUUUCUACAGAUAAAUGAAACAGUUGGAACCCUGGUAGUGAGCUUACCAUUUAGUGUAUCAGAUAAAAUACCUAUAAAGAAUGGAAGCAGAAGAAAGGUAGCUCAUGCAUUUUACAUCCUAAGGAAAUAAUGAUACUCUCUCCCCAUCAAUGGCUGCUUAUUGCUGCACAAGUUAAUGCUUCCUUAUUAUUAUUAUUAUUAUUGAUAUAGCGCCAGCAAAUUCCAUAGCGCUGUACAAUGGGUGGACUAACAAACAUAAUUGUAACCAGAGAAAUGGACGCACAGGAACAGAGGGGUUGAAGGCCCUGCUCAAUGAGAUAGCUGAGUGUCAGAAAAGAAGGCCGCAUGAUGGUUGCCUUCAGACAACACUUCCGUGUUAAACUCUUCAAAAACAGCAUAACACUGGCACCGGGGACUUGAGGAACCAUAACAACUUCAUUGGAAUUAAAGCGGCACUGUCAUGCCAAACUUACCUUUCCCCAAUCGAUUCCUCCUCUCUCAGGAUCUGUUCUUCAUUUCUUCCUAUGUACUCUAGUUUUCAUUAAAACUUAAGAAAAAGUAGGGACUAUUUCUCUUAUGGAGGCUUCCUACACCGUGACUAGUGGAGGAGCAAAGUGUGCUUCGUUUCCGGUGGUCACAGCAAUUUUCCCACAAUCCUUACCUUUCCUCCCUGUUCCCGCGAUGCUUCCUGUCAGUAUUGCCGAACGUCUUGUCACUUAGAGCGCCGGCAAAACCGACGAAUUGCGUUCUAACAGUUUCUCCAUUCGAGGUGUCCCGUCCCAUUGUAAUUUAUGACCCCCACCCAGCAAGUCCCCUCCCCUCAUUAUCUUUAUGGCCCCCACCCACCGCUCAAGGGUGGGGGCUGGGGGGGAGGACAGUAGGUCGUCUCCCCCCCAUUAUCUUUAUGGCCCCCACUCGUCGCAUGCAUUUUUACUAGACAUGCCCCUACUCGCGUUAUAAAAAGUAGGGGCUGAAUUUACUAAUACUCAGUAAUCUUUACUGAGUAUUAGUAAAUGUGGCUAAAAGACCAAUUUAGGUCUUUCAGCCUUUUAGUAGAUAACUCCCUGAUACCGUAGGAAUUAGGGAGUUAUCUACUAAGCGGCUGCAAGAUGUAGCCGCCGCAAUGAAUAGGAUCGGAGUUUCAUUCAUUUGAAUGAAAUUCCGAUACGAACAAAGUCCCAAAUUGCGUUCUUACACGAAUGGAGAAACUGUUAGAACGCAAUUCGGCAGUUUUGCCGGCGUUCUGUCUAAUUGACAGGACGUUCGGCAAUACUGACGGGAAGCAUCGCCGGAACAGGGAGGAAAGGUAAAGAUUGUGGGAAAAUUGCUGUGACCACCAGAAACGAAGCACACUUUGCUCCUCCGCUGGUCACGGCGUAAGAAACCUCCAUAAGAGAAAUAGUCCCUACUUUUUCUUAAGUUUUAAUGAAAACUAGAGCAGAUCAGAAGUAAUGAAGAACAGAUCCUGAGAGAGGGAGAGAAGAGAAAUUGAUUGGGGAAAGGUAAGUUAGGCAUGACAGUGCCGCUUUAAGUGGUUAUGGUACCCAUAGUGAUCCUUUAAAUUCAUAAUUUUCAUUAUUUAAAAAAAAAAAACUUGUUAACAGAUUUAGUGACAUUUGUAUGUCCCCUUUCUAGGUUUGCUAUGCCCGUGUUCUUGAUUACAGAAGAAAAUUUAUUGAAGCUGCACAAAGGUAUAAUGAGUUGUCCUACAAAACCAUAGUUCAUGAAAGUGAAAGGAUGGAAGCAUUAAAGCAUGCAUUGCACUGCACCAUAUUGGCUUCUGCAGGUAAUACACACUUAGUAUGAUAUAUUGUUCACUCAUCCUCAUUUAGAUUCCAUCAUUUUAUUAUUAUUAUUAUUAUUGCCAUCUGUAGCGGAUGUCCAUGAGCUGCCCUGGGACUUACAUUAUGUUUAAACUGUAUUCGUCUAUUUGCUAAAUGUCUUUGCAGUAAGGGAAUGUAUUCGUGUAAAAUAGCUAAGUUCUAUGUGUAAAAUGUAUUGGAUUCGUCUGAAUGUAAGGUAGUUUCAUUCCCUUAGUUUGUUAGAAUGAAACUACCAAACAGUCAGACCUCCCCUGUGUGAAGUGUGUCCUCAAUUACCCGUUGCAACAUUGUUGCGAAUGGGUAAUUGACAAGUGAAGUAGCCGUCCUUUGUUCUCGGGGGUGGCCGCCAUUCGAUAUAUGAACACGUGGCGGCUGCCAUUUUAAAACUCCCGAACAGCGGUGUUUUGCCGUCGAGUGUUUGGAACUCAAAUCGGACACUCGACUAGGCGAACACCGCUGAAUCCUCCACAAGCCCGGUCCGUUCGGUUCUUAACUACCGAAUGGCCCCUCGUUCGGUAGAUAGAACCGAACGAGGGGAUUCAGGCGAACCCUCCCUAGCCUCUAUAGCUAGAGGCUUUUGUGCAGUUUGUUCCCUUACUCCAGGACCGACCGCAGGGCCCAUUCACAUGGAACCGCAUUCGGCGGUUUCACUCAGUGCGGUCGGUCAUUUUAUUCCCUCCAUAAAUUUGAUCUGGGUGAUAUUUGGAUAUGUUGUUCACCCAGAUCAGGGCUAUCGGGGGGUGUAGGAUUUAAAGGGGUACCCCUAUGUUUAGGGGUACAUCCAGAAAUGGGGGGAAUUACUGUACUGGAUAAGGGGAUUAUGAUGCUGGCUGAGGGGAGGAGAUGUGUGGGAGGUUACCAGGACAGGAUUGGCUACUGUAUUAAUGAAUGUAAUCCCUCCCUUGCAUGGGAGCAUGCCUUAAAAGGCCAGUGUGGAUUAAAGAUUUCAGUUCUGCUCCUGAAACUGUGUGUCGUCCAGUUAUUGGGAUUGCUGUGGGAUAUUGCUGUGUUAUUUUGCCUGCUGGAGACCUUGCCUGUGGAUUUACAAUUUACUUGUUCCUGAGCCUCACUUGGAUUAUAAGCGGAGAUACCUGGGGAAUAUUGCAUCUCCGUUACACCAUCUAUAUAGCGCCAACAGAUUCCGUAGCGCUUUACAAUAUUAUGGGAGGGGGAUUUAACUAUAAGUAGGACAAUUACAAAAAAAUUACGGGAACAAUAGGUUGAAGAGGACCCUGCUCAAUCGAGCUUACAUUCUAUAGGAGGUGGGGUGUAAAACACAUUAGGACAGGAAUUUGCAGUCAAAUAAGGUGGGCUGCCCUUUAGGAGAGAGCAAGAGACAAGUAUGUGAGGUAGUGGUUAGUCUUGGAGGCCAUAAGCCUUCCUAAAGAGAUGGGUUUUAAGGCACUUCUUAAAAGAUGCAAGACUAGGGGAGAGUCUGAUGGCGGUAGGCAGGCUAUUCCACACAAAGGGAGCCGCCCGCGAGAAGUCCUGCAAGUGUUGGCCGUACGGGUGCGGACAAUGGACAGGAGGUGGUCACGGGCAGAGCGGAGAGACCGAGAAGGGACAUACCUAUGGAUCUGUGAGGAGAUAUAAGAGGGGCUAGCGUUGUUCAGUGCUUUAUAGGUGUGAAUUAGUACCUUGAAUUGACUCCUAUAGCAUACAGGAAGCCAAUGUAAGGACUGGCAGAGGGGUGAGGUAUGAGAGAACGGACUAGAGAGGAAAAUCAGUCCGGCAGCAGCGUUCAUUAUGGACUGUAGCGGUGCAGUACGGCUUUUGGGAAGGCCAAUCAGGAGAGGGUUACAAUAAUCCAUGCAGGAAAUUACUAGAGCAUGGACAAGCUCCCUGGUAGUAUCUUGUGCAAGAAAGGAGCGGAUGUGGACUAUGUUUUUAAGAUGCAAUCUACAGGAUUUGGCAACAUGCUGGAUGUGAGUCCAGAAUCAAGUAUGACGCCAAGACAGUGCGCUUGAAAGGAUGGACUGAUGUGGGUACCACAACAUUGAAGGGAGAGUGAAAGAGGAGGAUCAGUAUUACGAGGAGGAAAGACAAGGAGCUCAGUUUUAGAGAGAUUGAGUUUCAGAAAGCGGGAGGACAUCCAGUCAGAGAUGGAAGAAAGGCAAGCAGUGACACGUUGCAGGACUGCAGGGGAGAAGUCCGGGGAGGAGAGAUAUAACUGGGUGUCAUCAGCGUACAGGUGGUAGUGGAAUCCAAAAGAGGUAAUAAGUUUGCCAAGAGAGGCAGUAUAAAGAGAAAAUAGAAGGGGACCAAGGACAGAGCCUUGGGGGACUCCAACCGAGACAGGACGAGGGGAGGAGGCAUCAUUAGAAAAGGAGACACUGAAUGAGCGUUGGGAGAACCACUAGGGGACAGAGUCACAGAGACCAAAUGAUUGAAGAGUUUGAAGAAGGAGAGCAUGACAAACGGUGUCAAAGGCCGCAGAGAAGUCAAGAAGAAUUAGUAUGGAGUAGUGGCCUUUGGAUUUAGUUGCGAUUAGGUCAUUAGUAACUUUCAUAAGCACAGUCUCAGUAGAGUUGAGAGGGUGGAAGCAAGAUUGAAGCGGGUCAAGGAGAGAGUUGGAAUUGAGGAAAUGAGACACACAGGUAAAGACAAGUCUUUCCAGAAGCUUUGAUGGAAAAGGGAGCAGGGAUAUGGGAUGAUCGUUAGAGGGGGUGGACGAGUCGAGGGAUGUUUUUUUUUUAGGUACUACAGUAGCACGUUUAAGGUCAGCAGGGACAAUGUCAGAAGAGAGAGAGCAGUUGAAGAUGUGCGUUAAGGAAGGCACGAGACAAGUGGAGAGAAAUUUAAUAAGGUGAGAUGGGACAGGAUCGAGUGGGCAGGUGAUGGGGCGGGAGGAAAAGAGAAGAGCAGCCACCUCUUGGUCAGUAGCAGGGGAGAAUGUCUGAAGGGUAGGAAGAGCAUGAUUUAUGUGUGGUUGAGAAACAGAAUAGCAAGGAGGGGAGAAUUAUUUCCUUAGCUGUUCAAUCUUGUCAGCAAAGUAACAUGCAAAGUUAUCAGCAGUAAGGUUAGUUUGGGGGGUGGCCACAGCAGGGCGAAGAAGAGAAUUAAAGGUGUCAAAGAGACAUCUGGGAUUGCAGGAGCAUGAACUAAUGAGAGAGGAAAAGUAGGACUGUUUGGCAAGGGCAAGGGCAAGGGCUGCGAUGUAUGAACACAAUAUGAAUCUAUAAUGGAGAAAGUCUGACUGGGUGCGAGACUUCCUCCAGGAGCGUUCAGCACAACGGGAGCAUCUUUGCAGGUAGCGUGUUGAUUUAGUAUGCCAUGGUUGGGGGCAGGUCCUCCUCGAGGUGCUUGUUUGGAGUGGUGCUGCAGCGUUCAAGGCAGAGGUGAGGGUAGUGUUAUAUGCAGACAUGGCCAGUGAAGGACAGGAGAGGGAAGGGAUGGACAGCAGUCGUGAAUCAAUAUCAGCUGACAACUGCUGGAGAUCAAGAGAAUUAAGGUCCCUCCUGAGUUGAGGCGGGUUAGGCUGAGGUUGUUGGGUGAGGGGGUACACAAGAGCAAAUAAGAGGUGGUGAUCAGAGAGAGGAAAUGGAGUGUUGCAGAUAUUAGAUACUGUAUAUGCAUAAGAGAAGAUUAGGUCAAGGGUAUUGCCAGCUACAUGGGUGGGAGAAUUAGCCCACUGUUAUAGCCCGAGGGAGGAAGUAAUUGAAAGUAGUUUAGAGGCUGCAGAGGUCAAAGGUGGGUUAAUAGGAAUAUUGAAGUCCCCGAGAAUUAGGGAUGGAAUAUUAGAAGAGCAGAAGUAUGGUAGCCAAGCAGCAAAGUGGUCAAGGACGAGAAGAGUGGAACCAGGGGGAUGAUAAAUAACAGCAAUGUUAGCAGAGAAUGGUUUGAAAAGGCGAAUGGAAUGUAUUUCAAAUGAUGGGAAAGAGAGGGAAGGGGGGGGUGGGUAGAGGUUUAAAUGAGCAUUGAGGGGAGAGACGAAACCCUACACCACCACCUUUACAUUCAGAGUUUCUUGGGUUGUGGGUAAGUUGAAGACCACCGAAGGACAAAGAUGCAGGGGUAGCAGUGUCAGAGGGGGAGAGCCAGGUUUCUGUUAAGGCUAAUAAAUCUAUUGAACGAGAGACGAAGAAGUCAUGGACAGCAGUGGAUUUAGUAAUAUUGCAAACAGAGCGUGCAUUCCAGAGGGCAGUAUUGAAGGAGGAUUUAGAGGAACAUGAGAUGGGUAUGAGAUUAGUGUGGAUCCUUGGUUUAGUAUGUGGUGAGUUUGCUGAGGUGGGACCGGGGUUUGGAGAGACAUCACCAGCUGCUAGGAGCAGAAGGAUAGAAAGGAAGUGAAGGUGGGAGUAGGAUUUGACUUAAGCUAGGGCCCUGAUAUUUGUGUGUUUGCAUCUUUGUGUUGUUUGUGUAGUGUUGUAUGCAUGCAAGUUUUGUCUGAAUUUGUAGAAUUUUUGUAUAUCUGUUUUUGUUUAAUUAGACGAUUAGAAUACAUGUAUACUACAACUUAAAAUGUUUAUUCUGUACAAAUUGCCACAGUUUUGAAACAAACUAAUUGAACAUAGUUAUAGAGGAUUUAGAAGUAGGAUUUUACUUUACACAAAAAUAUUUAUUUUGCGUUAAAUCAUUUCUAGUAAACACUCCUUUCUGUUCCAGGACAAAGACCCCAUCCACAAAGCAAUAUGUAUUUACAGAAAUGGUUUCAUGUCUUGUAGGACAGCAGCGUUCCAGAAUGCUGGCAACCUUGUUCAAGGAUGAACGAUGCCAGCAGCUUGCAGCCUAUGGAAUUCUAGAAAAGAUGUAUCUGGACCGGAUCAUCAGGGGAAACCAGCUACAAGAGUUUGCAGCCAUGCUUAUGCCUCAUCAGAAAGCCACCACUGGAGAUGGUAUGAAUCUCAAAACUCUAGUGCUAAACUAGUUAGAUGGUUGCCACAUCACAUUUUCUUUGCUUCAUCCAUAGAGCGCAUUAGGGCUUCCCCACACGAAAGCAUUGAAACAAUGCUUUCCUAUGGUGACUUUGUAGAUGCUGGAAGUCCUCAUCUAAAGCUUGAAGACGUCCAGCUUCUUUUCGUUGAGUUAAACUCCAUGAAAAGCCAUCUGUUGUCUGUUUAGAGGUUGUCUUAACCCUGCAAUGUAAACAUUGCAGAUUCUCUGAAUCUAGCCUUCUAGAUCCUGCAAGAGUAUCAGGGGUGUGAUUAAAGUUGCAAAAGAUAAAAACUUCUAAAGAAAUGUAACAUCAGACUAAAAAUAAAAAAUGUUUUUCAUGUUGGCUAUGUGAGUCACAGCCAUGUGAGGUAUGGCUAUGGCUGCAUGCACAGAAACCAACCUGAUUUAACUCCUACAUGGUUGUGAAUUACCGUAAGCAGUGAAACUGCAAGGUCAUUAAUGAUCUAUACACCCAAACUGCUUUAUUAAGCUAAAGUUGUGUUGAUGAAAAAGGGCACUUAAUAAAAAAUAUAGAUAAGAUAUGUUUGUAGCAGCUGUAUAACACUCUGGAUAUCCCAAAAAUCCACAAAAUCAGAGAAACAAAAACAAAACUAAAACUUGUUGUUUUGGUGAUAUACCUCCCAAACAACUAAGUGUGAGUGCAGCGCUAACAAAAUUGUAUAAAUGACUUACCCCUCAAGAUUGCAGGGUUUGUUUCAUAUACAUAAAAUAGAAACCAAAUCAUGCAAAAUAGUAUAAUAUUGUCACAAUAUUUCUACAAUUAAAAGUUCCAUGUACAGUGGAAAGUAGAUGCGCAUCCAACUCACAUUUGUUAGUCUUUUGUUGGUAUAGGCUCUAAACCAAGCAGCCUCUGUAAAGUUAUGUUGAUACAAACAGGUAUAAACUUAGUGUGUGAAAAAAGGGUGCUUAAUAGAUGGAAAUACAGAUCAGAUAUGUUUGUAGCAGCUGUAUAACACUCUGUGGAUAUUAUAACAAUAUUAUACUAUUUUCCAUGGUUUUGUUUCUAUUUUAUGUUGAUUGAGAGUUGGGGUAUAUCACCUAAACAACAAGUUUUAGUUUGUUAAAGCGGUGUUGAUGCCUAUUGCAUCCCUCUUAAAAUAAAAAAAAUUGCAAAACUAUGUACAUUGUGAGGUUAUCAGAGGCAGUUUAUUAAGAGCCAAAAAAAAUGAGCCUCCUUCGCUAUGGUCUAGGCAACAUGUCAACCCAAAAGGUUUUAUUUCUUGAGUUUGUGCCAAGACAUGGAAAAGAUCUUCUUUGAGUGGGUUCACAAAAGCUCAAUCUUUUAUAUCUGGUGUUUCUUGUCAGAUUUGUUUUGGUUUCACUCUAGACAUGGAACUUUGGAAAUCCCUUAUUUGUGUAGCAGUGACCUCUACAUAAAUCUCAAAAGCUGGCGAGUACAAUUUAAAGGACCACUAUAGUGCCAGGAAAACAAACUUGUUUUCCUGGCUCUAUAGGGUCUUUAGGUCCCCCACACCCUCAGGGUCCCACUCCCACCGGGCUGAAGGGGGAGGAAGGGGUUAAACGCUUACCUUUCUCCAGUGCUGGGCUUCCUCUGCACUGGGGACCCUCCUCCCUCUUCCGACAUCAUCUGCUGAAUGCACAUGCGCGGCAAGAGCAUUCUGCUUUAUCAUAUUGUGUGAUCCUCAAAGUAAAGAUAUUCAAUUUGUGAGAAAAGAUGGACAAGAGCCCUUGAUUAACUUUGUCCACUAGUUUAUAUAGUUUAGAACUAUAAUGAUGUCAGCACUUUUAGAUAAAACUCUGGUCAUAUCACAUAAUCUCAUUUUGUUCUUGGUAUACACACACAUUUCAGAAUUCUCAGUCAAAAAAGCAAUGUGACUUAUUGAAAGCAUCUGUUAAUUAUGCUCAUUCCAUAGACCCAUAUCUAAUGGGAAUGUGUGGAUAGAAUACACAAUAGUCUUAUUUAGGAAAAAUGCAUCUGGUGCCUGUCUCUGUGACCACCACUAGAGUUGCGGUUUCUGACAAAUGUAAAAAUUGCUAUUUCUAAAAAACUACCAUGUUUACAUUUUUCAGACUGCAGGAAGAAACUAGCGUACAAUCUAGAGUAUGAUGUUACAGUUUUGGUACUUGGUGUCUGUUUAAGAGUGACAUACAUAGAUUUAGGAUUACUAAAUGAAUUUAGUGUACAUUAGGUUACAGGUAUACCACUACAUAUACCCUUUUGAUUCUUUCUCUACUCGAUAUCCAAAGGAUCAAGUAUUUUGGACAGAGCCGUCAUAGAACAUAACUUGUUAUCAGCAAGCAAACUCUACAACAACAUUACCUUUGAGGAGCUUGGAGCCUUGUUGGAGAUACCAGCUGCCAAGGUAGGCUUGUAUGUGUUUAAAUUUUUUAGUUAGCAAACUUAUCCGACAUUGACAGUUAUAUAUGUAUGUGGGCAAUGUUUCUCUGACCGACGCGGUAAGUUGGUUCAAAAACUAAUUGUGAAAGAGUUUGGCCAUUAUCAUUACAUAAGAAGGGAAUCUCUUGCUAAAACCAAUAUGCUUGCAAGUAUAAUUUUAUCAUACUGUUUUUAGGAAUAGCAAUUGAUAGCUUCUUUUGGCUGGUAACAGGAAGGACUAGGGAUCUAAAUCAAAGUGAAUCUGAGAAACUUUACAACAGGGUAACCGAUUCUAGAUGGAGAGAGACUCCAGCCAAAGCCUUGCAAAUAUUUCCCCAGGUACCACCUUCCUGAACCUCAUUCAAAUCAGUCUCACAGUGUUGGAUAUAUGUCAAAUCUUCUCAAAUGCAUGAGUGAGAACACAUGAAAGUGUAAAUGGUCGAGAGUAAUCCAUUUUGGUUGGAGCCUUUGUCACAUAAAUCCUCAACCAGUGUGAGCUCCCGAUUUGCUAUAGAUAUAUUAUUGCCUUUGAAAGGAAAGUCUCUAAUUUGAAGAAAACAAAAAUAAUCCCGAGAGAAGAAGAGCACAAAUCAACAAAGUUCAUUAAAAUCAAGAGGUGGGUCACAUGUCCAGAAAUGUUUGUACCUCUGUACUCCAGCCUCCUCAAGGUUAUUUAAGUCUCUGGCAAACAAACCAGGGGGGAAAUUUCUACUACGUGUAUGGAAGACCGGGUUCUAUGUUUAAAUCCUGGCAUAAAUCCCUUUCUCAUCUACUUUCUAAUGUAGAUCCUAAUAGUACUCUUUCAAACUAUAUAUAGUUGUAUUCACAAAAGUGAAAACUCUGCUACAAUGUAAAGUAGUAAGUAUACAGCCUGUAUAACCGGGUCCCCUCAAAAUAACUCCCCACACAGCCAUUAUUGUCUAAACUGUUGGCAACAAAAGGGAGUACACCCCUAAGUGAAAAUGUCCAGUGAGAUACUGUAUAACAAUGACUGCCUUUAAAGUUGCUCUGUCAUUUGUCACAUGAGGAGGAAUGACAGACAAAACAGUUUUUGUAUUUAAAUUUCCAUGAAUGCAUCUUGCUGCUUAUUUUCAUUUUAAAUCGAGCAAAAACAGGAAAUAAGAGGAUUAAAUGAACCCCAAAAAGCCUACAUGCUAAAAUUUUUGUUUUUGGCAAGCUCAAAUACUGAACCCAAUAAAAAUGUUAACACAAUCUAAAAAGGAUCAUUUACAGUUACUUCGGUCCCUUUAAAUAUGCACAUCAUUGUGCAGAAUGCAUGGUAAAUAGUGUCAGUUUAUGUGUGCCUAAAGUUGGCAAACUUGUUCCCCUCUGUUCUACAUACUUCCUUUAGAACUAAAAGGGGGUGGAGUUUUAAACUUGUUUUUCAGGAAAACAUGCUUUCUGUACUUAAUUUUUGUACUUAUUUUUACUACCAGUUAAUUUUUUUUUUUGCAAUUUUCUUUUUCCUAGGCAGAAAAAAUUGCAUCUCAGAUGAUUACAGAGGGUCGGAUGAAUGGUUUCAUUGACCAGAUUGAUGGUAUUGUACAUUUUGAAAGUAAGUGUUUCCUCAAUAACUCUUUUAAUGUAAGACAUAGUAUGAUCAAAUAUAAAUAGCAGUGGCAACUGCCCUUGAAAAUGUAUAUGGAGCUGGCUGGGAGUCAUAGAAAAGGUUUAUGAACAUCUGCAGUUUGCCAACACUGAUCCAUAAUUAUAAAGGUUCAGUGUAAGCACCAUUGUAACUUUGUCUUAUUGUAAAAUUAAUUGUAAAGAUUGUACCUUGUAAAAUCACUGCAGCUAUAAGACACCCCCGUGACGUAACACAGCAAAAUAGUUUUCACUUCCUCCUUUGCUUUGUCAAUUUUGUGCUUGCCUUAUCUGCACCCAUCACUUGGCAGAUUACAGCACAGCAUGGUUCACACAAUUAUGAUGCUUGUGAAUAUACUGAAAGUACCCAUGCUAUAGCGGUCAUCCGUUUAUAAAGCAUUUCUCAUCCUCUGUAAUUAGUGGCAUAGCUGAUGGGGAAUAGACUACUCAUCACAUAAUAAGAAGCUCCUGAUUGGUGUAGCCUCUUCCUAAAUAUGCAUGUAGCCUUUCUCACUAUGCAGCUUCAGGAUAUAUCAAGAAAGAUUAUUUUUUCCCAUUCAUUAACUAAAUAGGGAUAAUUUUUCAACCUGUUGUUUACCUUUAGCUUAAUAAGCAGAAAUGCUAUUGAAUCUGGUUGUUCAUUAAAAAAAGAUAACUGUUAUUUGGGAACUGCAUCUACCAUACCAUACUUGUCCACCUAAGCAUCGUGUGAAAUGCAGUUCACAAAUUGACUGCCAAAAUUAGUCAUUGCUGCUCUAGGUUAAGUUUAGAAGCUAAUUAUGUUUCAGAAGUCAUUAAAGUAUUGUUAUAAUUUUUUUUUUUUUUUUAGCACGUGAAGCUUUGCCAACAUGGGAUAAACAGAUUCAAUCUUUAUGUUUCCAAGUGAAUAAUCUGUUAGAAAAGAUUAGCCAGACUGCGCCUGAGUGGACAGCCCAAGCAAUGGAAGCACAGAUGGCACAGUGAUCAAUAAGUACACUCUACUGAAAGAUUGACUUCAAUUUCACAGUAUGGUCAGAAGCAGUUUUGCAGAAUAUACCUAACCAUGCAUUUGCCACAGGCCAAAGAAGAUGUUUCCAGUGGCCCUGUCUAACCAUUCUCCUGCUUAACAAUUUUGUGUUUUCUUUGUUUUUCCCCCUCAAAACAGACAUUUCCGUAAAUAUUUAAUGUGUUGUGACUUUUUUAGGUCAUGGCACUGAAUAUGAAAGUUGGGGUUGGAUGAGGAGACAGAAAUAAAACGUAUGCACUUAUGUUGUUUUCAAAUUUGGGUUGUUUUAUCAUCAUGAUUUGUUUUUUCAAAUAAAAUAUAUUACUACAGUCAGUGAAUAGAAAACAUUAGAGCAGUGAAGCCCACGGGACUUUUGAACUGUGCUCAUGCCUGGUCAUUUCCAUGUGGCACACCACUGCUCUAUACCAAAAAAGCAAGAAUACAAUUUUAUUUUCCCCCCAAAAUGUAAUGCGUAUUUUCAUCUUAAAUUUAACUGUCUACACCAACUUUUUUGUCCAUUAUUUACAGUAUAUUGUUUAUCCAUAAAUUGGGUGAUUGCUCAGUGCCUUUUCAGUUGAAUUUUUUUAGAGAGUUGUUGUGCAAUAUGGCAUCACUGAACUAUAUCAUGUUUUGAAAACUUCUCCUUGAAGUGUUGUUACUUACACAUUGAUUUUUUGAGUGUGUGAAAUGAAUCCAGGUAACUUUCAGAUACAUUCUACUUCAGUCCUAUCAACCAGACCAGUCCAUUUAUUGCUACGUGCUUUCGUUUCACCUUUCUUUGAUGUCAUUGGCAUUAUGUCCCUUCCACAAGUUUCCAAGCACAAUGCCCAGGAAGAGCAAUAAUCCCACUGUACGAUUUGCACUGAACUUUUUCCAACAAUCUUCAGCAUUGUUUAUGUCUAAUGUGUAGAUCUAAUGACAUAAAAACCAGCAAGAUUUACAGUUAAAUUACAUACUUAAAAGGUUACUAAAAAAAUAUUUAGGACUUGUUAAAUGCCAUAAAGUGACAUGUACUUACUACAUAACACUUUAGAAAUACCUAAUACCCAAACUCACUGUUUAGUAAAGUAGAGGCAAGCUUAUGCUGGUAAAUGUUAAGAGUAAAAAUGUUAAUUGAUAUAUAAAGCUAGUUCAUUACAAUGUGCUAGUCUUCAGGCAGAUGGAUAUGUAACCUCUUAGUGACCAGACCACUUCUCAAUUUUCUUACCAUUAAGGACCAGGGCUGUUUUUGCAUUUCUGCGGCGUUUGUGUUUAGCUGUAAUUUUCCUCUUACUCAUUUACUGUACACACCCAUAUUAUAUACAAUUUUUCUCGCUAUUAAAUGGUCUUUUCAAAGAUACCAUUAUUUUCAUCAUAUCAUAAUUUACUGUAAAAAAAUAUGAUGACUUUUUUUUAAAAAAAACACACAUUUUCGAACUUUGACCCCCCGAAUCUGUUACGCAUCUACAACCGCCAAAAACACCCGUGCUAAAUAGUUUCUAAAUUUUGUCCUGAGUUUAGAAAUACCCAAUGUUAACAUGUUCUUAGCUUUUUUUGGAAAGUUAUAGGGCAAUAAGUACAAGUAGCACUUUGCUAUUUCCAAACCAUUUUUUUUUUUUUUU